AUGAGCUUGAAAGUCACCCGCGCCUGCGAUCCCUGCCGGAUCCGCAAAGUGCGCUGCACAAACACACAGCCAUGCGCCCAAUGCGCCCACCUCAACCUCGCCUGCACCUUUGCACCGGCUCCCGCGAAGCGGAAGCCCGGUGAAAGGGGACGGCUCGUCGCGCAGCUGCGCAAGCGAGGCGUCUCUGGAGCCGGCAGCGGAAACGCCAACUUGGCACCAAACACACGCUCAAGCCCCGGCUGUGCGAGCCCUCCGGGGCAGUCUCCAACAUCAUCAACAUCGGGGUCUGAAAGACAUGAUUCAGAUAACGCCUCCGUUUCAACAGCCCUGACCUACCACUCCGGACACGUCGAUCUCCAAUGUGUCCCGGCCCUUCCCGUGCCAACAGCGGGCAUUGGCGGCCAUGGCUACACGCAGGAUUUCUUCAUGCUCUUGAUGCCCGACUUCGAGCGGCACGUCUACCCCGUCAACCCAGUGCUGACGCCGGACGAGAUGCGUGCCGCCAUCGCCAACAUGCACAACGACUACGAAGAUGCCGCGCUGGUCCACGCCUUCGGAGCCGUCACCAUCAACCUGACAAACACCUCGUGGGACAUCCACGGCCGACACGGCGACGUCGCCUCGCAAAUGAGCUCCCUCCUCCAGCUCAGCAUGAUCGCCCGCAGCACGGCCGACAUAUCCGGGCACACAAACGGCUCCUACCUUCAACACGAGAUGCCCUUGACCGUCAAGCGCGUGAUGGCCGGCAUCUGGAACGAGUGCUCGCUCAUGGCCUUCAAGCGCUUCGACCGCAGCUUCGCCAGCCUCCGCGAAUCCAUCUGCAUGCUCCAAAUGCUCAACAUCCACCAGUACUCCGAAGAAACCCCACACGGCCUAACCAUCACCGAAAUCUCCCGCCUGCAGCGCCUGUACUGGGAAGCCUACAUCCACGAACGCUUCGUGUGCAUCAUGUCCGGCCUCCCAACCGCCCUAGCCCCACUACCAUCCCCCCUCCCACUCACCGACCCAACCGUGCCCCCCUACGUAACCGUCGGUUUCAACCGCCUCAUCCGCCUCUUCCAACUCAUGGACACCACCCUCCUAGCCCACUGGACCACCCAAUCCCUCCCCUCGGCACCCACCAUAACCGCCGAAUGGAUCGAAACAAAACAAGCCCAACUCGACGCCGACGAAGCCGAAACCGCCGAAGCCACUCAGGACCUCCUCGCCCGCAGCGUCAACGAACCAGACAUCACCCCCCUCACAGAAGAACAACACGCCGACCUCUUCGUCACCCGCCUCUGGCUGCGCACCUUAGUCUGGCAACUGGCCCUCUCCCACGGCCUCCUCCGUUCCGCCCCACCGCGUGACGCCCACGAGGGGUUUUCUCUCCACUUCCCCGCAGCCCGUCUCUCUUCCCAACUACGACAGCUCGUUAGCCGGUUACGCGACACGGCGAGUAUCAUCACCCACGGCAGCGGGAUUCUGCAGAAGUUGUUUGAGAUUACGAGUACGGUGGCCGAUGUGCUGGCGCUGCCGUUGGGGCCAGGGCAGACGAGGGAAGAGGAAGGGAGGGCGAGGGUGGAGGAUUUUUUGUUUGUGGUGAGGUUUUUGUUUGGGUUUGAGAGGGCGCAGAAACAUCAUCGGGAGUAUUUGUUGGAGAAAUUGCAGGUGUUACGGGGGAUGUAUACGGUUGUGGAUUUUGAGGGGGUCGCAGGGAGUCCGGGGAGGUGA